AUGGAUCGGGUGAACUCGAACCUGUACCUGCAGAACCUGUGCAUCAUGGAGGAGAACGAGCGGCUACGGAGGAAGGCGCAGCAGCUGGACCAGGAGAACAAGCAGCUGCUCGCCGAGCUCAAGCUCAAGAAGCAGCAGCAGCAAUCCAUUGCUACCACUGUUCGUGUCAAGUUUUGGGCCACCGUCACGUCCCAGUGCUUCCUCGUCGAGAUCACCGUUGAUCAAAUAGGCCAUUGGAUGGAGUUCAUGCCAGAGCUGGGGGCAGAUGCCGACCGCAUAAGCACCCUUCCUGAUGACUUACUCCUCGUGGUUCUUGCAUGCCUGGGUUGUGCUGCCACAGCCGCAGGCACCAGCCUCCUCUCCCGCCGGUGGCGCAGCCUCUGGACCGGCCUCCGCAAGCUCGUCUUCCAUGACAUCCCAUUUGAAUUGCUCGAAGAAGUGCUUAGCCGCUUCUCCCCCAAUGUCUCCCUUCUCGAAAUCCGCAUCCCGGAGCAGCCAGGGGACAUCGCCAACACUGCCGGCCAUCUCAACUCGCUGUUGCGUGCCGCGGCACGGCUUGAGCCGGAGGAGUUCAUCUUCACAGUGCCAUCAAGCCUAGCAAGAGUCUGCGCCGAAAUUAACUUGCCAUGCUUCCACCGUGCAAAGUCCAUCGUGGUACACUUUGACAGCUUCAUAACCCUUGAGCCGACUGAUGGUGAAGAGCACUUCUCUGCGCUCAAAACACUAUCUCUCACAGGCAGCAAUGUCACCGACGCCGAAGCCUUCCUCCGCCGCUGCCAGCGCCUGCGGUCGUUCACUAUCUGGGCGCCCACCAUUGUGCUCGGCGACGACCUGAGGGUCCACUCGACGUCGCUGCUGGAGCUCAUCGUGGCCGUGACGACGGCGUGGGGAGAACUUAUAGAUAUCGAUGCCCCCGAGCUCAAGGUAUUGUUCGUGGCCAUGUUUGCCUUUGAAAACGCAAACAUCUCUGUCUCGGUACCAAAUGUGGAGAAGCUCUCGUGGAGCUGCCUAUAUGCACGGGGGACUAAUGGGUUUGGUCUCUGGAACCUGGAGAAAGUGACGUUGCUGAAGGCACCGGGCGAGGGACAGCCCCCUUCGCUGACAAUUCAGGCCUGCAAUGCCUCGAGAUAUAUUUUCCCGGAAGCAGCCAGCCUUGUGCAGGAGAUACAGAAACACAUGGUCACUGAAUUCUCUGUUUUGGAGAUAUGUCUUAGAACAACGGGGCAUGCUUUUGGAGCAUUUGUGUCACUUAUCCUUGGGAUGCGACCGAUUCGUACUGAUGUGAAGAGGCUUAAGGUCGUUAUAUGGAGACCAAGGCAUCCCAUUUUUGACCCAGUUAGCCAUCUGGUUCUUCCUCCAGAACACCACUUCGUGGCUCCUGCUCUGGCUGCACCUCCCUGCUGCCUCCGUCAGAGCUCUAGCUCUAGUGAGUCAGCAUUUGCGCAACAGCUAUUGUGA